AUGAAUGCCACCACUAACCUUCACAUUGAGGCCUAUGGAGCGGACACCUACCUCGUGGGAUAUUGUAUGGAUAAUCACCAACAUUGGAAUCCAAGCAGGCUGCGAUUGGAUGCCUGCCUUGGAGACAAUGGAGGACAUUUUCAAUGGGGUGGACAGGAGUUCACUGAGCGUGCCAGAAACAUUAGUUUCAAUCCCGAAGAAGGUGGAAGCCGUGCCCCCAUCCUGCGAGCUGAACUGCAGGACGACGCUGGCAGAUACUUGCAAGGGGAUGUAAAUCUGGCUGAAAGAAUCAAUAAUCGUGAUGGCUAUCUGCAGUUUUCUUGGUAA